AUGACUUGUGGAUCAACAACUAUCAAUAUAUUUAUAUUUUUAUCAUUAAUUCUUAAUAUUAUCCUUACUAAUGGUCAACAUAGAACAAAUGAAAAAUGUGAUGAAAAUACGGUGAAUAUGCAUAUGCUUCAAUGUUAUAAACAAUAUAUUGAUGAUCAAUUUGAUCUAACAUCACCUGAAAAUGCUUAUUUUAUGGAAGGAAGUCUACUUUGCCAAGCUUAUAAUAAAAGUUCAUCAUAUCGUCAAUGUCUUUAUUCAAUAUUUGAUGUUGAUGAAAUUUGUUCUCGUGAUCAUUAUCCAUAUUCAUAUGAAUAUUCGAAAAUAUAUUGGAAAUUGGUUAUUAGUUCCUGUCAAGUUAGUAAGAAUGGAAAUUGUCAUCCAUCUCGUUUAAGUCAACAAAUUUUAAGUAAAUGUCAUUAUUCAUUUGAUGACAAAUAUCCAACUAAAUGCACAGAAUUUCUACGUUCAGUUAAAUGUAUGGAACAACAUGAAGUUGAUUUAAUACCUUCAACAUAUGGAUCUCAAUGUUCAACAAACAAAGCUUUUUAUUAUUAUUAUGGAGAUCUUGCUGCUCGUCUUCAAUUAGCCAUUAAUAUUUGCGAAUAA